CCCGCAGCAGCCAGCCCUCUGAGCCGGGUGUUUUUUUCGGGAGGAACGUGUGAGACGUACGACAUUCGCCAAGCCGAUGCCGUCUGUUCGCCUCCCCGUCGGCAACGGCUUCACGAUGGAGUAAAAAAAGGCCCCGCCUGCGCGACCGGCAACAUGCUGACCGCGGUGGCCCUCUGCUUGCUAGCUGUCGCCGGCGCCUGCUCGGCGGACGGGAGUGUCGGUUGCUCCUUCGUUGAGACACUAUGCGAAGAGGACGAAUUCUGCUACGACGACGGUCUGUUCGGCCGCUGCGAAAGCGUUUCCCGUCUGGGGGCGGCCGACCUGUGGCGCCCCGAGCUGGAUGCGAGCGGCGCCAAGCUUCUGGAGUCCGAGCUGGAGCGCCUCUGGGAGCAGGGCUACCGGUGGCACCACGUGUACAGCCAGUGCGUGGUGCGCUCGGCCCUCUCCGCCAUUCGCCACGGGCGACUGUACGACCCGGGUUUCUGCGCACGGACGCUGCGCAGCACGCUGCCCAUCGUGUCGGACGAAAUAGCAAUGGAGCUCGAGCACCUGAGCCCAGAUGACUUGGCCUUCAUCAAGUUCACACCGAACAGUGACCUGAAAGAAGGUGCCACGCCCCAGUUCGCCGACGAGGUGUACUUCCCUCCUCUGGACAGUCCGGCCGUUCAGGGCGCUUUCCUCACGUCCGGAGAAGUUCUGACCAACGCGGAGGACAAGGCGGACGCCGCAGCCGCCGCUGCCGCCUCUCUCGCUGUCCUCAAGGACGCCCUCAAAGCCCAGGCAAUGAAGAGGAAGACUAAGAGCCCGGAAGUGGUCAAGGACGACUCGAACGAGACUGGUGAUGCUUCGGCAGAGAACGAGGACGUUGUGGGCGUGCUGAACUACCUGCGCCAAGUGGCUCAAGACACGGCAUCGUUGCUGGACGAAAAUAAGGACCGCUAUGAUGUCUUCAUACCACCAGAUGUUCCCGUCGUGGAGACGGAGCUAUCGUCAGACCUAGACCAGCGGCCAGUCUUUACCGAAGAAGGCAUCCAGUGGGUACCGCUGGAUCGAGCAGGCGAGGCGCAGGCCACAGCGGAGACCGCGGCGGAGCCGGCUCGAGUGGCCACCGCACCACCGGCCGCCUCGGUGUUGCCCGACGCGGAGGGCAGCGAACUGAGUCGUGUGCUGGACGAGGCGACGUCAUCGGAUGACUCCGCAACUUCCUCACGGAAUAGCGGCGGUAGCUCGGCCGGCGUCGCCGCCUCGGGUGCCGACACGUCUUCCUCGUCCGCUGCGCUGGACAGGCAAGCAGCUCCGUGGGAGUCCAAGCCGCAUGGUUGGACCGACAGCCACGAGGACGCACUGAGGCUCGAUGGUUGGAUGGAGUUCCCGAAAGAGACGCUCUAUCCUGCUGGAGCUUACGAAGGCGAUGAGCUGCUCGACAUCGGUGUGCGCCAAGACCCGGCGUUCCGGCGUCCCAUGCGUUACGACACCAAAAAGCCGGGGCCAACCUACUUCUACCACGAACCAGAUUCAUCAGAGACCUCGCUGGAGAACGUGGAAAACGUCCGCCGGAUAAUGGUGGCGCAGCAGCAACGCAACAAGAUGCGCUUCGGGACUCAAGAUGACGUCGGACAGGAGGACGCCGUGCUGGACCACCUCAAGGAAGUCGGUCAAGCGAAUGGCAAGCGCCACGGUCUCCCCCCGACGGGCUCCAAGGAGAUGCUGGAGCACAGCUACCGGGGCGCACUUGAAGCCGGACCCACACCGGACGGCUUCUACUCGGCGCUGGACUCCAGCAGCGCAUACGUCGUCCUCAGCGAGGCCCCUUCGUCGCAAGACGAUGCCGACAGACUCGUGACUGCCCUGCAGAAAGCACUUCUUCUGCCGUCUGGUACCUUUUCUAACGUUCGUUUGGAAGGCAACCGGGUGAGCUUCAAGGUGAAUCCCAACUCCCAGAACCUGAACGCCACAACCGUGGCUGCCAAAGCAGAGAGCCUGGCUGACGUGCUGCACCAGAACUACACCAUUGUGGCGGCAGGCGUCGUCGGAGAGGCACAGCUGGAACUUGUGCGACCCAGUGAUGGUCGGAUGCUGGUGGCAACGCUAGUAGCCUGCGGAACCGUGCUUGUGCUGGUGGUCGCCGGAUCCGUGGCGUACCUGGUGCGUCGUGCCAGCCUGCGAUCCAAGGAGAAGUUGCACGGACUCGCCCAGCCGGACACCGAACCAAGCCAAGACUAUCAGGACCUGUGCCGCCAGCGCAUGGCUGCAAAGAGCCACGAGAGCGCCGAGUCGGUGCACGUGGCCACGCAGUCGCCCAAGCGAGUCAGCAGCCUGUCCCAGAGCGAGCCGUCCCAGCCCGGCUCCAGGUCGUCUACGUCAUCCUGGAGCGAGGAACCGGUGACGUCUAACCUGGACAUUUCCACUGGCCACAUGAUCUUGUCUUACAUGGAGGACCACCUCAAGUGCAAGGACCGGCUCGACCGGGAGUGGGAGGCGCUGUGCGCCUACGAGGCGGACCCCUGCUCCACGGCGAUCGCCUCGCUGCCUGCCAACAUGAAGAAGAACCGCUACCCGGACGUCCUCACUUACGACCAUUCACGAGUGAUCCUCAACGACGUCUCCAACGCGAACGGUUCUGAUUACAUCAACGCCAGCACAAUCACGGACCAUGACCCACGAAACCCGGCGUACAUCGCCAGCCAGGGUCCCCUGCCUCACACAACGGCUGAUUUUUGGCAGAUGAUCUGGGAACAAGGCAGCGUUGUGAUCGUGAUGCUGAGUCGCCUGAUGGAGAACGGGGUCGCCAUGUGCCAUCGCUACUGGCCCGAGGAAGGGAGCGAAGUCUACCACACCUACGAGGUGCACCUCGUCUCCGAACACAUCUGGUGCGACGACUACCUGGUGCGCAGCUUCUACCUCAAGAACCUCAAGACCAGCGAGACCCGGACAGUGACACAGUUCCAUUUCCUUUCGUGGCCAGACAACGGUAUCCCGGCUUCCAUCAAGGCUAUCCUGGAGUUUCGAAGGAAGGUGAACAAGUCGUAUCGUGGACGCUCGUGCCCCAUUGUCGUUCACUGCAGUGACGGCAUCGGAAGAACGGGGACCUACUGCCUGAUCGACAUGGUCCUGAACCGAAUGGCCAAAGGAGCAAAGGAAAUCGACAUCGCAGCCACUCUGGAGCACAUGCGUGACCAACGAGCCGGUAUGGUAAAAACCAAGGCCCAGUUCGAAUUCGUCCUGAUGGCCAUAGCCGAAGAAGUGCACGCCAUCUUGAAGGCGCUCUCACACUGAGACGCCUGUCCCCACCCCGGCACGCACGAGGACCGGCACCAGCGGAUUCCGCACCAGUCCCAGACGAUCACCUCACUCGUUGCAAGCCUGGUGACGUGCCUCCCCUCUUCGACUGAAGGACGAAUGUCGACGCGCUGAUUUGAUAGGCGUGUCUUUGUCUGCUUCCUUGUACUUCUGCUCUGUUCGUGAUCUCUAGGUUUCAAGAGACGGCGCUGCAGCGACGUGAUAUCUUGUAUUUCUCUUUGUCGUACGCUGGUCCGCACUCUGCGUUCGCAGAGUACGGUGCAGUGUGAUGCGGCUGUCAUUUACGUCGCCUGCUCUUUUGAUGCCUUUUCCAUUUUGUACUGCUUUACUAGCGUGGACGAGGCUUCACCACCGCUUCAGAGCUAACGACGAAAUAUUCCCAGGUGUUUAAGAUACCUGGUAACUUGUAGAAAAUAUGGGUCAUCUGCAAGUAAAUUUAGCAAAUUUCAAAUCAUCGCAACUUGCGUUGUCGCGCUACGCCCACUGUCGUCGUGAAAGAAAUAGCAGUGGCUCACAGAAGGGCCAUUUAACGAAGUCUGCAUAUGAUGUCGCUUCCAAAUGCGCGUGUACUUAUGACGCUCCAAAGUAUUUGAAUGCGAAAAACCGUUUAAAGGCUUUGUCCACAAUGUGGCCUGCUUCUAUGCCUUGUUUGAUCAAUUAUUAAUUUGAAACAUAAUUUGCGCGCAGUCAUGAACCCACAAUUUCGUUUCUGACGCCUCUAUUCACGCUGGGCACGCCAAAGAGCUCUCUAAACUCUGGGCCACUUGCCUAACUACUGCGGCGGCGGAAAUGACUUGGUUGACGCCGCAGUACUGGGCAAAUAUCAUAUUUGUUCGUUGUCUUGUUUCUUCCCUCCCUCGCUAUUAACUUUCUAAAGUUAAACUUGGUGCUCGGGGCACAAAUUCAUCUCUUUGCACGAGUAGUUUUUCUCUGUUUCUGCUGCUAUAUCUUUCUCACUUUCGAAAGCACGUUGUAUUGCCAGAAAGCUUUCAUUUACGCCCACCUAUAUCCUCGCGUUGA